AUGACUACUAAUCAGAUAAUUAUCUUAUUGGUUACAUUUUUGUGUUUUACGCUAAUAUGUACCGCGAUACCGUUUCCAUUUGUUACACAAGAAGACGAUGCCUACGACGAUAAACGGUCGAUGAUUAAUCAUCCUACGCUUGAAAAUCGUCCGAAUUCAGUUCUAUUAAAACAAAGAUUAAUGGACGUUGAGAAUCCUGAUUUACACGCAUUAUUGUUAAUUAAACGUUAUCCACCCCAACCAUUUCAUGCCAUGAGAGGAAAACGACUGCUAAAUUGA